UCUAUAGAAUUUUACAAAACGAUGAAAUAAGGCUUUUAAUUCUAAACAUAUGGUCAGUGGAAAUGACACAUAUACAUGCAUGUGCUAUGAAGGUGGAGGGUUAAAAAUAUACAGAGGGAAGUAAUAAAGUGCAACUCGUGCAGAGUAACUAAGUUUUCGUAGCCACAACAGUCGAGGCACGGUGGCUUGCGAUAACGUAUCGAUGUUAUAAAAGGCAGAGAGAAACACCUGAGAACAGGAAGAUUUGGAAUAAUUGUGUGCACCAGACAGUGGAAUUGUGACGAUUUUGAAAAAAUGGCAAAAAUCAUCAUUUUUUGUGCUUUACUGUUGUUAGCGAACAUUGGAGGUGUUUCAGCUCAGGACAACUCAACUGAGAAUGAUAACCCAACAACAAAAGAUAACCCACCUGCAGUGACACCCUCAGCUCCAGGAGGGGAUGGGACAUCCAAAACAUCAAGUACAGUUAAAACUACUACGACAACUAUAGAUCCAAUUUUGGCAAUCAAUGCAGCAAUUAGUGAUAUACCCGACAGUUGCAACUCGAAAAAUGGAACAGGCUUCAACUGUAAAUUUCUUGUAGAUGAUAUUACAAAUGCAGAGAGCAAAGACAAGAAAUGUUCAUAUUUCAAAAAGCUUGAGAAUUGUGUCAAUACAAAUUGCACAGCUAGUACAGACCUUACUAACAAAGUUAACGCUAUGAAAGAGAUUUGCAAUGGCGCCAGCAUCCUCGGUGUCUCCACUAUGCUGAUUUGCUUCCUGGCUGUCAUCUUCAGAUUCAUUGAGGGGUGAAUGUUUUCACCCGAUAUUUUUCUUAUUUUAUAUUUUCUUAUUAUUGUAAUAUUUAUUGCUAAUUAAUUAAGUAGUGACACAAACAAAACAAAUCAUAUUGGUUCAUUUUACACCUUUUGAUUCACACUUUGUCUAAGCAAAAAUAAAAUAUAAACAUUAAGAUUUAUUUUAUACGUAUUUGAUACUUAUACGCAUUCUACUUUAUUUUUUUAAAGGAAAAAAAAAACAACAAAAAAAACCCUACUUUUUGUCAUUAAAAUCUUGGCAAGACUUGACACAUAACAUUUCUGUAUUUUAGCAAAACGAUUAUAGAAACAUUCCGUCCAUUGUUUUAAGCGCAAAACUUGUAAUAAUUAUUUAAGAGUUGUAAUGAUUAUAUUUAAAAUGAAGAGAAUAACACUAUUGUACUAGUGAAAAUGACUCAACACCUAGUGAACUUAUGAGCUAGCUAAAGAAAAAGCUUAUAGCAUGAAACGGUAUUGUUGAUGAACACACAGGUACAACUUAUGUAUAAUGCUGUAAUUUCUUAACAAAAACAAAAUCUUUGUCAAUCAAUUCUAAUCUCAUGAGCAAAAAAUAAUUAACAUAAUUAAAACCAUGUCUAUUUAUAUAUGCAAUAAAUUUUGAAUACAUACA